UUUUCUUUCCUCCUUGUUUACUCAGAGUCUCUCACUUUUCCGUCUAACCAAACACGACCCAUACACUAAAUUAAAAGGAAAAAAAAAUGUUUCUUGUUGAUUGGUUCUACGGAAUCCUUGCCACUCUUGGUUUAUGUCACAAGGAAGCGAAGAUUCUAUUUUUGGGUCUUGAUAAUGCUGGCAAAACGACUCUGCUUCACAUGCUCAAAGAUGAGAGAUUGGUGCAGCAUCAGCCAACACAGUACCCAACAUCAGAAGAAUUGAACAUAGGAAAAAUAAAGUUCAAGGCCUUUGAUUUGGGUGGUCAUCAGAUCGCUCGCAGAGUCUGGAAAGACUAUUACGCCAAGGUUGACGCUGUGGUUUACCUGGUUGAUGCUUAUGAUAAGGAAAGAUUUGCAGAGUCAAAGAGGGAGCUUGAUGCUCUUCUCUCCGACGAAACACUGACCAAUGUCCCUUUUCUCAUUCUGGGAAACAAGAUUGACAUACCAUAUGCAGCUUCUGAGGAUGAGCUGCGCUACUACAUAGGCCUCACCAACUUCACAACCGGCAAGGGGAAGGUCGAUCUAGCCAACUUAAAUGUUCGCCCCCUCGAGGUUUUCAUGUGCAGCAUUGUCCGUAAAAUGGGUUACGGUGAGGGUUUUCAGUGGCUCUCACAGUACAUCAAAUGAACAAAAAGAACAUACAAAAUGAUGAAAUAGAUUGUAAAUUUGCUAGAGCUGUUGCUAUGUGUUAGGGCCUUGAGCAGGGUAUUGUUGAAUUGAAAACCAAAUAUUGUAGAUGAGUAAUGUUAUAUAUGUAUAUUUUUUAAUAUUUAAAUAAAUAUAUAUAAUAUGUUAUUAUA